AUGAACGAUGCUCACGAUUUCAAUGCUUUAGACGUCGCGAAUUCGAAGAGGAAGACUCAACAGCUCACAGUGAACGACUUUUUGUCUAACAAUGAUGCACUUCGCCAGGUCACCGUUGAUAUGGCGUACAAGACGUUGGUGAAAGCUACACCGGCCAUUAACUUCCUCUUCAAGUAUAUGCUCUGCCCUUUCAGCGAAAAGACUCUCGGCUCUGAUCCUGCAAAGAUGCAUAGACCUCUUUCAGCCGAAUUCAAUAGAGAACCACAGCAUCCGUCGCGCGUGGAUGACACGAGGCUCGUAAUCAACAUCCAAUUUAUCUUGCCUGAAGUCAUCUACCUCGGCUAUAUGCAAGCAGUGAUCUGCGACAUGGUCCAUACUCGAAAUCUUACAUUACAAAUUCGCUCGUCUCUUGAUCACUUUACCUUGCUGAGCACUCGCUUCCCGUACAUUUUGCCGCCGCUGCAUCGCGAGCUGGUCUGA